AUGCCUUCCAGCAGCAUCCUAGUAACACUAGUUUGCUUGUUUUCGAUAUUAUACUUUCUGAAGAGGCUAGUUUUUUCUGCAAAGCAACCGGCUCCACUCCCUCCUGGACCCAAAGGGCUGCCUAUCAUCGGAAACGCCCUCGACUUUCCUACAAAAGAUAUCGGCCAGGAGUAUGUGAAGUGGGGAAAACGAUACGCAAGUACAUCGACUAUUCAGGUUCUCUUCCGCUAA